AUGGCCACGAACGGGAACGCAGCCCACGGUGGCAACAGUACCAUUGACCCGGAGAAGUUCAAGAGGCUCUUCUUUACACCAGUGGUACCCUUCCUGCACGAUGAUCCGUACACGAUAGAUUAUGAUGGAUACCGAAGUUUCAUUCGCCGCUUCACGCAGGAUGAAUACCUGGAGCAAGGCAUUGCCAUAAUCGCGAAUCCUGAAGCAGGAGAGCUGUUUACUCUCGAGCGGGAGGAGAGAAGGAAAGUCCUGCAGAUAUGUAUCGAGGAGGCAGCCGGGCGAUGUCCAGUCAUCGCUGGCGUUGUCCAUGUGCACACCAAAGGAUAUAUCGAGACAGCCAAAGAUGCACAGGAGCUUGGCGCCGACGGGCUCUUCAUCUUUCCUCCCAUCGGCGCCGGUGACAUCGUCGCCAUCUGGGACUCGGACAAGUACCCAGAAAUCUUCAGCGACAUCAUCAAGGAGGUCUCAGCGGCCGUGCCCCUGCCGGUAGUCAUCCACCCCGUCGGCCGCUACUCGAUCCCCUUCGGCCAGGGCCUCCCCAUCAAGACGGCCAAGGCGAUCCUGGACGCGUGCCCCAACAUCGUCGGGUGGAAGAUGACGUACAACUUUGACGGGUACCGCAAGAUCGCGCGCUUCCUGCAGGGGUACGAAAGGCCCGUCAACAUCCUCGCUGCCGUUGGCCACUAUAUGCACGAGAACCACGCUGACAGGAUGUUUGACGGGACGUCGUCUGGCGCGUGGAAUUAUGCGCUCGAGCCGAUGAUGGAGCACCUCAAGGCGUGGAGGAAGGGCGACUGGAAGGCUGCGACUGAUCUCUGGGAGGGGGCAGGCCUCGCUGAGCUUCAGCAGUGCAUAUUCGAGGACAUCGGUCGUCUUCAUGUCCGGUACAAGACGGCAGUCUGGCUCCGAGGUCUUAUCAAGACGCCCGUGAUGCGGCCCCCGAUGCCAAAGGCCAGGCUGGCGGAGAUCGAGGAGAUUGCGCAGGCAUUGGUUAGGGCCAACCUCCAGAUCAUCCCCGAGUCUGAAAUCAAACAGGUAAUCCAGUCUCUCAACCUUGUGCUGUAG